CAGAGCCUUAAGUAAUUCUGUCCGAUUUUCAGGGCAUUUACAGGUCAUUUCCUGUUGAGUUUGAGUCACUGCCUAUUCAUUUGGGUGAUUACCAUGUCACCACCUGUUCUGUAACUAAAAAAUAAACAGGAAGUGACCCGUAAAAUACCCCAAAAUCAACAGGACGUAACUGAAAAUGAACAGGUAAAUGACCUUAAAUGGCCCAAAAUUACCUCAUUGCCUGGCAUUGGCUGCCACUCACGGCCAUAGACGUUCAAUCCGUUUGAAGUGGGAGGGAUGGCAGCGAAUGAACGAAUGUUCGAAUGUUCAUUCGCUGCCACGCUCCCAGUUCAAAUGGAUUGGACGUCUACUAGUGAUGAACUUAUUCGAAUUCAUAGCAGGAACUUGUUUUUCUGUUUAUUAGUUGUUUGUAGAAUAUCCUAGAAUGAUUUCCUGACUAAUGUAUCGAUAAUCGUUGUAUCGCCAUAUCAUCAGAUCGUUAUCGUGAGCUUUGUAUCGUAUAGUGGGGUACCAAGAGGUUCCCACUCCUAGUUCAACUCAAGGAUGAAUAAGUGGAUGAUUAUUAAAUCUGCAGGAUACGUUUGUAAAAUAAAACUAAAGUAGUAUUUAAAUUUUGGGAUAAUGAGGUCAAAGGUCGUAGAUAUCAGGAAAAAGAAUUGCGCGUUGUCUUACUCAGCCUACACUAAAAUUAGCAAAAUAUGUGAUGAGAAGAGAAAGUGUAAUGACAGCUAGAAUGCCCGUUGUGCCAAAUAUGGUGAUGCUUUGAAUUUGGCUGCUUAGACUGAAGUCCCUGACAGUCGGUCAAUGUUUUGGUUGUAGUCUGCUGCUUUUGAUCGCAACCUCCUAUUGCAGAUAUGUCAGACGUGGUUAGAUAGAGGGCAAAAAUGUCUGUGGGUCAUCAGAAAAAGCAUCCAUUAAAAAUCUUUUGGCCAAACACACGUGGGCGGCUAUGGGGUGGGAAGAUGCUCUUCUCCUGCCGUCAAGCCUCAAGCCAACUCAGAAAUAAAUAUGCCUUUUUCUUCAACACAUUAAGUCAGAUAUCUACUGUGGAAUUUACAGUAAAGGAAGCAGUUGUGAGAUAUGUCAGUCAUGUGCUCUCAUACUCAUUUUCUGUUUUUUAUGUGUUCUUCUCUUUUUGCAUCCCGGUGCUGGAAUGUUCCCCCCACGCCGAUCUGCAUAAAACAGCUCAGCAAAAGAACCUAGAGGGAUACGUGGGCUUCGCAAGCCUCCCCAACCAAGUGUACAGGAAGUCUGUCAAGAGGGGCUUUGAGUUCACCCUGAUGGUCGUCGGUGAGUCAGGGUUGGGCAAAUCUACGUUGAUCAACUCUCUCUUCCUCACCGACCUGUACUCGUCAGAGUAUCCCGGACCUUCACAUCGAAUCAAGAAGACUGUCCAGGUGGAACAAUCCAAAGUGCUCAUUAAGGAAGGCGGCGUGCAGCUGUUGCUCACAAUUGUCGACACCCCCGGCUUUGGAGAUGCCGUCGACAACAGCAACUGCUGGCAGCCAAUCAUCGACCACAUCGACAGCAAGUUCGAGGACUACCUGAACUCUGAAUCGCGGGUGAACCGACGACAGAUGCCCGACAGCCGAAUUCACUGCUGCCUCUACUUCAUUGCGCCGUCAGGACACGGCCUGAAGCCCCUCGACAUCGAGUUCAUGAAGCGUCUUCACGAGAAAGUCAAUGUCAUCCCGCUGAUCGCCAAAGCAGACACGCUCACGCCAGAGGAAUGCCAGCAGUUCAAGAAGCAGAUCAUGCGGGAGAUCCAGGAGCACAAGAUUAAGAUCUACGAGUUCCCUGAGACGGAUGAUGAAGAGGAAAACCGUCUUGUGAAGAAGAUCAAGGACAAGCUGCCUUUAGCCGUGGUGGGCAGCAACACCAUCAUUGAGGUGAACAGCAAACGUGUCAGAGGACGACAGUACCCCUGGGGGGUCGCAGAAGUGGAGAACAGCGAUCACUGUGACUUCACCAUUCUCAGAGACAUGCUCAUUAGGACUCACAUGCAGGACUUGAAGGACGUGACUAACAACGUCCACUACGAGAACUACCGCAGCAGGAAGCUGGCUGCCGUCACCUACAAUGGCGUGGAGAACAACCGGGCCAAGGGGCAAUUGUCCACCAAACUUGAUGCAGUCGAAGGAAUGAGUCCUCUAGCCCAAAUGGAGGAGGAGCGGCGGGAGCACGUGACCAAGAUGAAGAAGAUGGAGAUGGAAAUGGAGCAGGUCUUUGAGAUGAAAGUCAAGGAGAAAGUGCAGAAACUCAAAGACUCCGAAGCCGAGCUUCAACGGCGCCAUGAGCAGAUGAAGAAGAACCUGGAGGCGCAGCACAAGGAGCUGGAAGAGAAGCGACGUGUCUUUGAGGAGGAGCGAGCCAACUGGGAGGCCCAGCAGCGCCUGGAGCAGCAGAAAUUGGAGGCCUCCAGAACUCUGGAGAAGAACAAAAAGAAAGGCAAGAUCUUUUAAAGAGACAGUCAACCGCGGACCGCCUGGCGUCCGCUUAGUUCUGUUUGCCAACAUUUGCCGCUCAGGGCGCCAUCCGGGUGUGGCAAUGACGCCCCUCCCACAAGUAAGACCAACCUUAGCCCGGCUCCCACCUUCCUCUUUCUUCCAGUGUUUGUCUUCUCGGGACUCAUCAUCAUUGAAGAACGUGUUUACCUUAACAACAGUAAAAACUACAAAUUAGAAAAAAAAUGGCCAAACCCUUGUUAUUAUUAUUAUUAUUGGUGUUGUUCUUUUUGUCGUAAUACUGGCCCGGCCCCUUCCUGCUGCGCUCUGCCCCUUUGCCCCGCCCCUUUCGAAGCAAGCUCGCUUGCUUUUUAACUCAUUCGCUACCAGCGAAUGAAAUAAAACGGCAAUAACAAAAAAACAACUUGGGCCUUUUUAUCAACAUAAUUUUCUUAUUUUCCGCAAUAUAAACGAUAAUUUCCCCCCUCUUCGCCAUUCCGCCGCGUUUCGCCAUCAACCGCUAGCAUCGGACCACCCUUUAUAUAAUGUUCAAAGUAUUAUAUUCCACUUUAGUUUUAUUUUUCUAUAUAAAUAUAUACCGAGCCAGCUGAAGUAAGGCCAGCUUUUGUACGUGUAGAAGAAGAAAAAAUAACGCCGACAAGACGCGAGAGCCGCGUUCACUGUUUAUAUUGUUUUGUAAUCAAAAUAGGAAAUUAUGAUAAAAACCUGAAAAUGUUUCAGUCACGCUGCGUUCAAAUGCCAGUGGGAAAUGAAGAGUCAACACCUUUUUUUUUUUUUUUUUUUGCUUUUGGCUAUGUACUCCAUCUCUUGUAUUUUUAAUGUUAUUUUUCAUUUGUAUUGUACAAAGUCACUUAAUAAACCUGUGAUCAUG